UUUCUGAUCCAUUUGAACGAUUAAAUAUUGUGCGUCAAGAAAAAUCUACCCAAGGAGAAUCACUCAUUAAUACCUCGACCAACAAAUCUGUUUCAGCCCGUAAAGAGGUUAACUCAUAUGUGGAAAAUUAUGAUUUUAUUGAAAGGAGUGGAUCCCCCACUCCUGAAAGGUUUCUAUCCUCUACUCAAAAAGAAAGUCCUAAUGGCUCCUCUCUUAAAAGUACUUUCAACGCAUCCAGUAAAAGUAGUCUGAACUCUGUAAAUGACACUACCACUCAAUGUGCUGGAGCAACUAGAACUACCGAUCCCUUUAAACUGCGGCAAGAGAAAUCUAGCUCCAAAGGAGCACCACUUAUUAACUCAUCGACCAGUAAAUCUGUCUUGGCCCUCAAAGAGGUAAACUCACGUGAGGAGAUUAUUGACAACGUUGAGGAGGAUGAAACCUCUUCUCCCAACAAAUCCUCAGCUCCUCCUCAGAAUGACAAUAUUGUCAGUUCCGCCACAAAAAAUUUAGAAUCAGCAAGAGACGGUUCUUACCUUGAAGAUCGUUUUAAUGCUACAAUGGAAAAUGAUUUCAGCUCAGGGGACAAGAUAUCUAAUCCUGCUCCUAUAUCCUCCCCGGUAGCAAGUUCAACCCCUACCUCUCGCUCCAAACCCAAUUUGAAUAUUAGUUCAAAUACUGAGGAAGAAAGUGAUCCCAACUCGAAGAAUGUGACAGCUGAACGUAUUUUAACGGUAAAUUCAACUCGUAACUCCUCUCGCUCAAAUGUCAGCCCUGAUACGAACACUUCAAAUGGGUCUAGUACUAUGGAGGAUAGUGAUGUGUUCGGAGAGAAUGCGGUGAAUGGAAAUUGGGUGCAAGCUGUUUUGACGAAGUCAUCUGAUGGACGAGGAGUUCUAAAAUGGUACAAAGACAGGGGCUCAUUAGUGGCUCGGAAAAGAAAUACUCUAGUAAAAAUUAUUAUUGACAAAGAACUCGAUAUUGACCCAUCGGUAGGGAUCAAAGGAGAGCGCUUUGAAGCUCUAGCUCGUGCAAUAGUUGCUCUCUUCCCAACUGAGUGCUCAGAAACCUACUACAUUCCAAGGCAUGUUGACACUCUCCAAAAAGUGAAACCAGCUCGAGGGAAAUUAUACGACAGGUGGAUUAAUAAAAGGAGACAGCUUCGAUCAGAAGGCAUCAUCUGUAAAGAUAAACAGUCCAUCGAUGAACCAUCUGAAGAAAUUGUAAGAGAUGCAGAGGCAUUAGAGCCUGAAAUUUCAAAAGCUAUCGAACUUCUGAAGUUGUACGAGCAGCUGGAUGAAGAUGCCCAGAAUGCAUUAGCAAUCUCAUUACAUGCCAGAAUUUCAUUAUUUAGCGCAAGCAAAGUUCAUGAUAUCUCAAAAUAUCUCGAAAGUUACCCUUUGCUGGCUCAGACAGAAGGAUAUCGUCUCAUUCACGCGGACUUUGCCAGAUUGCAUCCUGAAAAAGCACAAGCUCUUUAUCAUAAUUGGUCAAAUUUUGCUUUCAAAAUCACUAAGUACGCCGCUGAUCUCCUGCCAAUUACUCAAACUUUUAAGAAACAAGUUCAAAUCCUGAACAUUGAUUUGACUCUUGAAGAUGAAAAAAAUAGAGAUCUGAACGCUCUGUAUUUACUGUCUUUACUGUUACCGGCCUUGACUGUAAAGAGGAAUUGGAAACCAAGUAAAAUUGAGUGUAAGGAUGCCUUUUUUUUGCAACGAUCAACUAUUCAAGAGGCUGCAGACAAAUUGAGACAGCGAGAACGUCAGCUGAAAGCAAAUAAUAUACCACCUCAACCGACUCCCGUCCUCAUUGGCUCUGCUCACUCCAGGGAAGUAUACGUCUGCAUUGGUAACGUUCUUUACAAAGUGGGUUCAGUGUUGGGAGCUGUGGAUAUUUGUUGCAAAUUAUUCAUGACUUUAAAAACUGAGCUUCCUCCUGACUGCAUUUUACCAUGGCUUUUUAUUAUUGCCUUCAUUUAUGGUGUUGAUGCUGGUAACCAAGCUGUGAAGUACCCAAGCCUUACGACUUUGAAAAAAGAUAUUGGAUUGUAGCCUCUUAUCUUUGAGGCCUCUUUCAUG